CACAACUAAAUCCAUAUAUUUGUUAUUGUACAUAACAUAAACACACCAAUAAGCAACCUGAAACCUCAUAGAAAUCAUUUAAUUAUUAGUUAAGAGUCGAAAAUCAUGUAAGAUCGUUAGGAUCAACAUUAACAUCACUUACACAUCAUCAUCAUCCUCAUCCUCAACCUUGUAGAAUCCUUGUCUAUUUGCCCGAGGAAUGAUAUUAUUACUCUCUUGAUCACUUGAAGUACUUUCUCCAUUUAACCAUAUUUCCUUGAUCGCCAUCAUUUGGCAAAGAUUACUCAUUGUUUGAUGCAUUCCCUUCUUAAUUGAUAAAAGGUUGGGGAUAGUGGUGCUGAAGGAUUGAGAGAUGAAUGAAAGCUUGCGAUGGAAUGAAGAUCUGGAUAAUUUGGUGAGGGUGGUGGGAACAAACUACAAGCUGAUUGGGAGGGCGGAAUAAAUCGUUGAUGAAAGAAGUCGGGCGUCAACGUGCGAAAGAGGAAGAUACGAGGUAGAGAAUGAAAAUAAAUUGAGGGUCAUCUUUUAGGUUAGGGUUGUGUUGUUCAUUAUGUUGGGUCGGGGGAAGUACACUUGACUCGAUUCACGGGCAUAACCCGACUUGACUGACCUAAUUUUACUGUAAUUGAUAUAAACCUUAAAAUCGUACAAAUCGUAGAUUUUAAGGAUUUUAGAGUUUUAAAUCGAGAUUUUAUGGGAUUUUAUGAUUCAAAGAUUUUACAAUAAAAUAAUGAUCGAAACCUAGAGGUAAGAUCGUAACAUUUUUAGAUUAAAAUCGGGAUUUUGACUACAUUGGGUGCAGCUAAUUAUGAAGCCAUAACUCUCUUAGUCGAACAAUUAAGGGUUGCAACUAUAAGCUAGGUAGCCUAGCCCUCUUAGUCAUUCGGCUAAGGAUUGCAACUAAAAGCUAAGAAAUCCAGUUCUCUUAACCGAUCAACCAAGGAUUAGAAAAACCAAUCCUCAGAAGUUAAUCCAGAUGACAAAAGCGACCAAUCAUGAUAUUUGACUCUUGUCCUCGUUUGCCUAGGUGGGUGACACAAAUUGGCCAAGAAAUCCAACUCCUCAAAGCCUCUUACAAAAGGAGAUUCUCUCCACCUAGGUCAAAAUGACCCAAUAAUGAGUUAAAGCUAGCAACCCACAAUCAUUCAUGAAUAGUACCUCAAAUAUUAUAUAUAAUACCAAAAACACACAUAGAAUCAAGUUCUUACAUCCUAACACAUAUCUAGACUAGGAUUCACAAUACCCGAGUGAGAGGGAGCACUACAACAUAGCUAGGUAAGGGAAUACAACAAAGACGAAAGAAAGAACCAUGGUCUGGUGACUAUCCUCCUUGUUGCUUGAAUCACCCUUGAGAGAAGAAAGUCUUCAACCCUUUAGCUUAGGACAAGCCCAAAUCUUCUUCUUCUUCCUUUGGUUCUUUGCUUUCUCUCUCUUAAGAAUAAGAAGAAGAAGAUCUCUCUUUCACUAUAAUUCUUCCUCCUUUUAGGGGUUUUCAACUGAAAUCCUAUAAGGGAACCCUGAAAAUCUAAAACCCAACCACAUUACAGCUCUCUCCUCUUUUUCCAAACUGCCUUCUAUUUAUACAACCCGACAUGCACUUUCACGCGCGAAUGUCAUAACCGUGACAAUGGAGCUCUAACCGUGACAUCGUUCAAAACGUGGGAGACUGCUAUCGUUUCUGUCCAACAUCACAGUCUCUGGGAAAUUGCCAUUGUCUGGUGACCGUGACAACCUUUAGGCCCACGAGACGUAAAAAUCUUCUGUUUCCAACAAUCUUCACUCCCUCUGGUCAAUUGUCACGACCUGGAAACCAUGACAAUCACGUCUAAACCGUGAUAUAUGACUGUUCUUCACUUUUUGGCGCUUUUCGACCCCAAUCGUCCCGAAAAUCAUCCUAGACCCUUAGACAUAUGCUAGGACCUGAAAUGUAACAAAAAUAACAUAAUCUAGCGUAAAAUAGGUCGAUGGACGAUGAUUUGCAAAGUCAAACUAUCAAGAAAUGAGGGAUAAAAUAUGUGUAAUUAGCCCCGAAUCAAUUGAAAAGCAAAUCACCUAACCUAACAAACAACAGAGUAAUAAUGUUCUAACCAAGAUUUAUUGGAUUGGACAGACGAGGCACUCAAGGAUGUCGUGUCUCAUCUGUUGGUUGAAACUCUACCUCUCUUUCCACAAUUUUAGCACUAGUCGAAUUUUGCCUACUCAUCAUAGGACGGGGCGGAAAAUAUAUAUUGGAAGAAUCUAAAUUGUCAUUGUUAAUUUUUUUAUCAAUCACUAUAGUGUUCUUUUGGGAAGAGUUAUAUACCUCUAAAAUUAGAGUUUCUUUCUAGCUACUACUCAGAUUCAAUUAGAACUUGCGGGUUGAUUGGAAGAUAAAAAGUUCCAACUAGCUGACCUAAUGAAGCAUCCCGAAAGAUAAACAAAAGAUGACAUCAAAAUAAUGGAUUUGUAUGUAUGCUGAUGAGUUUCAGUUCAAAGGAGGAUUUGUUGAGGGUUGAACCCUAUGCACUAAGAAUAAAGAAGCAAAAGCAAAAAAUUCAAAUAUCAGGUUGAAGUCAAUAAUGUGUCGUGUGUCAAAAUUUGUUUAGAGUCCUUGUGUUUUAAUUUAUUGUAUUUGGGUCUUUGAGUUGUUUGUUGAAAGCUUUCAGCUCAAGUAACUAGCUAGCUAGUUGUGCACGUGAGCUAUAAAUAAGGGAUAUGUAGAGGUGGCAAUUCUCAAUCCAAUCCACCAAUCCAAUCCAUCAAUCCAUUAAAAAUAUCAAACUAAUCCAAUCCACUUAAUUCCAAUCCAUUUGAUCCAAAUUCAAUUGGAUUGGAUCAUGGAUCAUUGACAAAUUACGGUUUAGUACCUAUAAAUUUUAUUUUUUACAUUUUGGUACCUAUAACUUAAUUUUUUAUACGAAAAUAUCAUUGGAAAAUUACGUUUUGGUACCUAAAAAUUUUCAUUAUAACAUGUUAGUACCUAAACUUUUUAUAUUUUACAUAUUGGUCCUUGAUUGAGGAUGUCAUUUGGAUUAAUAGAUAAUCCACCAAUCCACUUGAUCCAAUCCAUUUGAUCCAUGGAUCUACCAAUCCAAUCCACCAAUCCAAUUCAAUUGCCACCUUUAGGGAUAUGUGAUCAGGGCUGUUGAUGGAGGUCGAGGUUUUUAUACAACAUUAGAUACUUAUGUUUUAUUGCUCAUUUCAAUAAAGAAUUUGUUAGUUUGUCCUGCUUUUAAGUCUACAGGGGUGGCAUUGACAUGCGAUAAGAGUAAAAUUUUGGGAAAUGUGAAUGGUUUCAUGUGAAGAACAAGCUUGGAGAUAGAGUUUGAAGAUAUAGAUCAGAUUUCUGCAUUCUCUCUGUUCUCUAUGGAGUAACUUUCCUUCACUUAGGUUUUGAGGAAUCCUAGCUAUGUUUUCUUGAUUGGAUGAUCGUAUGAGUACUCUCUCUUGAUUAUCUUGAGUUCCUAUUCAAUCUAUGAAUGAUUUCAUGAUUCAAUUCUGCUUUAAUCGAGAUUAUUGAUUCUGCUUUGAUUCUAUGAGAGGGAAUACCUGAUUAGCUCAAUAGAGCACCAUGGAUUGUAAGUAGGGGAUCGAUAACACGAUAGUGAGUGGAUUCAUGUUAUGUAUUGAGUGAGAACCUCACCCAAUAGAGGGAGCCUAAGUUAAAACACCUUGAUCAGUUGUUCAAGAGAGGGAUACGUCCAUAUAGGCACCCAACUCAAGAGGGCCUUGAUUACUUCCAUAGAUAUUCAAGGUCUGGUCCAGAAUUCUUCUUAUUGUGAAUGAAUAGUGAAUCAAGUUAGAGAAUCAACAAUCAUUAAUCUGGUUAGUGGUACGAAGAAUCAUAACCUGAGUGAGUACCCAACUUGUAAUUAGAUUAACUUUUACUGUAGUUUGCUAGAGCUGUUGUAGUUCUUUUAUCUAAUCUGGUUUGCUAAAUAAUAAACUGAAGCUGAGUAAUAGUAAAUCUUGAGACUCGUGGAUUCUAUAUUUAUUAUUUGUGACACUAUAGUGCGAUCUUGUCAUUGUUUCACUUGGCAUCGUCAGGAGUGUAGGUUUAGCGAGUCAAGUUUUUGACGCCAUUGUCGGGGACUUUCUAGAUUGUUAGGAAAUGCAGAAGUUUGUUAAUGUAGCUUUUCUUUAUGUUGUUUUUUUCUUUUCCACCCUUGCUUUUCACUUGGAUGUCUUUGUUUUUGGUUGCGCAGAUCUGAAAGAUGAAUCUCUAUGGCUUUUUUGACCAGUGGAGGUACCAACCAACACAUGGUUGGUAUUACCUCGAGGCUUCAUGAGACAACCAGUACGGAGAAGGGUACAGAUUCGGAUUUAAGGAAGAACAACCGCCCUUCUAUAAUGCACAACCAGUUCCAUGGGCAUUUAAAGAACAAAAUCCUUAUCAAGAAGAUUUCUUCCACAACCAGAACGACCAUCUGAGCCAGAGUUAGUCGUGGAGGCCUUCACUGGCCAUUCUACAAAGCCAUGCUACAUUUCACAUCCAGAAUCAAAGAGCAAGUUUGAGAUUUUUAUUGAGAAGUUUGUUAUGGAUAUGGAAAGAUCGUGCUCCCGAGCGGCCUUUAAAUCCACUAUCCUUCCCUACUCAUUCAUUCUCUCUUAAAUGAAGGAGGUUGUUUAGCACUCAGCGAAGCGAACGCAGUGGAUUGAGCAUGCUUGUGCACAACUUUCUCAAGAUCGCCUUUUUGCUACCAUACAAGCAUAAGAGGAGGGUGAAGUCUCAUACCACGAUGACACUAUGGAGCACACAUAAGUUAUCACAGAGAGCUCCUGUGAUGAUCAUGAUAAGGAAUAUCCUGUUGUGACAGACCACACCUUUCCCCAUUCCCGCUUUGAAGAGGUGGGAAUGGGUGAGGAGAUUCAAGCUAAUCUUAUCAAGAACCUUACAUGGAGACUUGCUCUCCAAGUUGUGCUUGAAUAUGAGGAAGAAAGGGUGAGAUGAAAAGUUAUGGAGGAGGAAGAAAGCCAUGAAGAGGAAGUUUUUGAUCUUCCACAAGGGGAGGAACCGAAUCCUGAAGAAGUAUGGGGGAUUGAAGAAGCGAUCGGUGUCCAGGAUAAGGACAAAGUUAUGAUGGAUGAGGCUUGCACCAGCCAUGAGUUUUAUGUGACGUCUUCACCAGACUUCGAGGAGCUGCUAAGCAAGGAGCCAUUUGCAGUGUCUCUUUUCCAGACCAAGGCCACGCCCCUAUAGAUCCCUCUUGGUGUGCAUGAUGGUGGUCAAUCAAUAUUGUCAUACAUUGUUUUGGCAAUGUGAUGAGAGCAUAGGAGAAGAGAGUUCUCAAGGUGGAGACUGCAUGCACAUCAAGUACAUGAGGCAUUUUCAUCACUUGUCAUAAUACAUGAUCGUGACUUGAGACUCCACUUCAUAGACGAGAACCUCAACUUCAAGGAGGUUUUGGUGUGGACCGAAAUUUAGGAGCCAUCUUCUAGCUCACGACAUUCAAGAAGAGCUUGUUGGGAGGCAACCCAAUUCAUCGGUUUGAAUUUCUUUUCCUGUUUCUCUUCGGUUGAGUUUUUUUUUACUUUGAUUUUAGAGUAAAAAAACUCAAACUUU